GGCGGGCCCUUCGGAGGGCAGGGGGAGGGCAAGCCCGUUCCCGUCCCCGCCCCUCCUCCGGUACCCCCUCCCCUUAGGAGCUGCCCCGCCCGCCGUGCAGGGGGAGUCCUAGACUGUGCCUGGGCUCACUGGACAGCGCGCCGAUCUCAGCGCCUCGCAGCCCAGCCCAGCCCAGCCCGGCCCAGCCCGGCACGGCCCGGCCCUUCAGAGAGUUCCCUCCGCCUCCCUUCUUUCUCAAGUCCUUCCUCCCCGGCGGCGGCCGCUGGACCGACCAUGGCGCUGGGCUGCCCGGGGCUGGGGCUCCUGAUGCUGCUGCUGCUGGGGCCCGGACAGCUGCGGGCUAAGCCCACCGUGCGCAAGGAGCGCGUGGUGCGGCCCGACUCGGAGCUGGGCGAGCGGCCCGCCGAGGACAACCAGAGCUUCCAGUACGACCACGAGGCCUUCCUGGGCAAGGAGGAAGCCAAGACGUUUGAUCAGCUCACUCCGGAGGAGAGCAAGGAGAGGCUGGGAAAGAUUGUUGGCAGAAUAGACAGUGAUGGAGAUGGCUUUGUCACAACUGAGGAGCUGAAAACCUGGAUCAAACGAGUACAGAAACGGUACAUCUAUGAAAACGUGGCAAAAGUCUGGAAAGAUUACGAUCGAAACAAAGAUGAGAAGAUUUCCUGGGAAGAAUAUAAGCAGGCUACAUAUGGCUACUACUUGGAGAACCCAGAAGAGUUUCAAGAUGGAUCUGAUCAACACACUUUUAAGAAGAUGCUGCCCCGUGAUGAGAGGAGGUUCAACACAGCUGACCUUGAUGGUGAUAAAGCAGCUACUCGGGAGGAAUUCACUGCCUUCAUGCACCCGGAGGAGUUUGAGCACAUGAAGGAUAUUGUAGUCUUGGAGACGCUGGAAGAUAUCGACAAGAAUGGUGAUGGAUUCGUGGAUCAGGACGAGUACAUUGCUGAUAUGUUUGCCCACGAGGAGAAUGGCCCAGAGCCAGACUGGGUGGUCACUGAACGGGAGCAGUUUUCAGAUUUCCGGGAUUUGAACAAGGAUGGGAAGAUGGACAAAGAGGAGAUUCGGCACUGGAUUCUUCCCCAAGAUUAUGACCAUGCCCAAGCAGAGGCAAGGCACUUGGUGUAUGAGUCAGACCAGGACAAGGAUCAGAAGCUAACCAAAGAAGAGAUACUGGAGAACUGGAACAUGUUCGUCGGCAGCCAGGCUACCAACUAUGGGGAAGACCUCACAAAGAAUCACGAUGAGCUAUGAUGCUCCCUCCCUGUAGAAUCUUAGACUCUGGCCAGCUUCCUUGCUGGCUGCCACAGUCGACAUGGUCUUCUAAUUUGCACCAGCGUGUCUCCAACCAAGCAGUUUUAUUACCUCAUUACGGGGAUGGAAAAUAGUCUGUUACCUGGGAUUUCACCCGAAGAAAUUUAGUCCUCACGUUUGUCUUAGAUAUCUCUCAAAAUGUCUUCUGUUCUCAAUAGGUGGCAGUAUUGUUUGGGGAAUGUACUUUGGCAACGCAGAGCUCUUAAAGGGCUUUUUCUUUGUUUUUUGUUUUUGUUUUUCUUAAAUAGAGGGAAAUAAAAUUUGAGCAAUGUCAAGACAUUCCAUCAAAUCACUGAGAAUUGUAGGGGGUGGGGUCUGGGAUGAACAUGGUCUUCAGGCGGCCCUUUGGGUGAGUAAAGGGAAGCUUUCAAGUUGACAGUCAACUUUCCUCAUUGUAGAUAAGUCCUGGAAAGCUUCCAUUGGAAAUCUCUCUUUCAUCUGAACUUGAUAACAUGAGAUGUUACUGUAAAUGGUUUCUAUAAUCUUUGUAUUUUUGUUCUGUACGGACCUGUUAAUGUGUACAAUAAACCCACCCAACUCUUUUUUUAAAUAAUGCAAGAGUGGUUAGACCAGGGGUGGGACCUCGAGGCCACAUAGCUGUCUUGGUCCUUAGGUGCAGUCUUGUUUGAAUUCAGUCAGAGGGCUGCACUUGAGAACCUAGAGGACCACAUGUGGCCUGGAGGCCUUAGAUUCCUCACCCCUGGGUUAGACAAAGGUGGAGAAAGAAUGAGAGGCUCUUUGAGCCUCUGCCUGGAGGCAUUUGAAUCUUUUUCCCUCUUGGUCUUGGGAUUGCUGAGCAACUCCCCUCUGGGAAAACUCCAUUUCUCCAGGCAAAUCCUGCAAUUUCACUGGGAUUUAUUUAGUGUAGCUUGGGGCACUAAAAGAUUUAGUAACUUUUCCCCUUCACUCAGUCAUCUCAAAAAGGAGGAUUUGUACUCAGGUCUUCUGACCACUCAACCCUCCAUCUACCACCAUAUUGCCUCUCAAACAUUCUAAUGAGUAGAAGGAAAUGGCUAGUUCUUUAUUUUUUUCAUUUUCAAAUAAAGGAGAGAAUUUUUCCGAGAUUAUGUUGAAUUUAGUCUGAGUCUUCAAUGUGAACAAAGGCUCAGUUGGUCAGUUCUCACCAACCAUCCACCAUAACUGUGGAGCAAAGGAGGGGGGAUGGGGCCAGCAGGAUGAGUGAGAACAUCCUCACAAGUUUGGAGAUCAAUAACAAUAAAGGAUCCUGAUGGGAA